AUGGCGGCGGCGGCCGUAGCUGAAGUUUCUCGUUUGCAGGAGUGCGGCUGUAAGGGCAUCCGGACCUGUCUUAUCUGCGAGGGACAAGGCCACAGGGACCCGCCCUGGCAGAUCUCCCUUCAGAAAAAGUGCUGCUUCCUGUACUGCCCGGACACAGGCUGGGCCACGGGGGCCGAGGGCUCUGACUUGGAGGGCUGGGCAUUCCCCUUCCCAGGAGUGACACUGAUACGGGACUUUGUGACCCCAGAGGAAGAAGCUGAGAUGGUGCGUCUGAUGGACUGUGACCCCUGGAAGCUCUCACAGUCUGGGAGGAGGAAGCAGGACUAUGGCCCUAAAGUCAAUUUUCGCAAGCAGAAGCUGAAGAUGGCGGGCUUCCAGGGUCUCCCUGGCUUUAGCCAGAAGGUAGUCCAGAGAAUGGGCCUUUACCCAGGGCUGGAGGACUUCCAGCCUGUGGAACAGUGCAAUCUGGACUACAGCCCUGAGCGGGGCUCUGCCAUCGACCCCCACCUGGACGACGCCUGGCUGUGGGGCGAGCGGCUCGUGAGCCUCAACCUCCUGUCAGCCACAGUGCUGUCCAUGUCUCCAGAGGCCCCUGGCAGCCUGCUGCUCUGCCCAGCCCCCUCCAUCAGACCUGAUGCUUUUGAGGACAGCAUUGUGGCUCCUAGCAGGUCUGUCCCCUGCCAAGAGGUGGAGGUGGCCAUCUCAGUACCCCGCCGCUCCCUGCUGGUGCUCACAGGGGCUGCACGGCACCAGUGGACACACGCCAUCCACCGCAGACACAUCAAGGCCCGCCGUGUGUGCGCCACCUUCAGGGAGCUAUCCAGUGAGUUCCUGCCUGGAGGGAAGCAGCAAGAACUGGGCCGAGAACUGCUGCAGACUGCACUCUCAUUCCAGGGGACACCGGUGUGAUGCCUCCCAGGACCCAGGAGCUGUCACUGGCCUGGCCGAAAGCUUGGCUCCAGCACAACCGUUGGAGGAGCUAACCCUGAGGUCUCCCCACAACAGUAGAUUCAUGGGUUUUUUUGAGGCAAGGUCUCAUGUAGCCCAGGCUAGCUAGCCUCCAAUUAAUUGUGUAGCUAAGGAUGAUCUUGGACUCUUGACUUCCUACCUCCUCUUCCCAAGCUCUGGAGUUACGGCUGUGCACUGCCAGGCCUGGCUUGAUUUUGUUUGUUUUGUUUUGUUUCUCUUUUGGGGACAGGGUCUCUAUCCUAGACUGGCCUCAGACUGUGUCCAGCCAAGGAUGACUUUGAACCCCUGAUCCUCCUGCCUCUACCUCUUGAAUGCUGGGGUUGCCAGCAUGCACCAUCAUAUGCUGCUUUUGUAGGCGCUGGGAUGGCAGCAAGCGUUCUGCCAACCGAGCUACCCCCUUAGCCUGUUGGAGUUUUUUGAGACAAGGUCUCAUAUGGGCUAGACUGGCCUGGGACUCACUAUGUAGCCUGGCUAUGAACUCCUCAUCCUCCUGCCUCGGCCUCCCAAUUGCUGAGGUGACAGCGUACUGGCUAGGUUUUAUGAGGAGCCAUCUGGCCCUUGAUGUCAUGAGCAUCGUGUGCCCUGCCCAGAGCUGGUUCUGCUGGGCCUGGGCUACGGCCGCCCCUCAGGUUACUGAGUGUCAUAUGUGGAGGAAUCCAGUCUUUUAGAACUUCAGUACUUGGGACAAGUAAGAUGUCUCAGUGGCUAAAGGUGCUGCCACCAAGCCUGAUGUUCAGUCUCUGCAAUCCACAUGGUGAAAGGAGUGUCCCCCCGAUCUCUACACGCACAGCACCCCCUCUGAUAAAAUGUAUAAUAAAAGAA